UUCGACUCUAUCACAUCAUGGCGGCCAAGUUGAUCGUAGCCUUGGCGUGUUUCGCUCUUUGCAAUGCCAAUCCCGUGUUUUUGAAAAGUUACUUAUUCCGUAACGGACGCGGCUAUUCGGUGGGUCAAGGUUACACCAACAACGCGGGCGGUCGAGCAACUGGCACCGCGACUAUCAAUGGAGGCGUUAUUCAGGCGUACGGAAGUGCUUCCUCUGACGAUCACAAUCAAAUGGGCAAAACCUUUGGCGUGAACUACCCUGGAGAGGCUGUAGCUAAAGCAGAAGUAUACGAUACACCAGAGGCUUAUGGAGCUGCUAAUGCGGUUGUCGAAGCACAAAACACGCCCACCUUUUACGCUGUGCCGGCCCCAGCGACCAUUGUUUCCGAACAAAACUUUGAAACGCCUAUCGAAGUAAUAUACGAACCUGGAACCAUUGGCCAGUCUGGUGUAAUUAAUGAUAACGCCGAGUCAUCAGUUACUUCGGCUAUGGCGGAAGGUACUGGAUCGGCUGAGUCUUCUGCUAAGACCCAAGGUUUUGGGAGCUAUGGUGUCACUUCAUCUAACGGUAAAACUUUCGGAUUCGGUUCCGGAUCUGCCUCUUCCAAUGUCAACAAUGGUUACGCUAAUACCGCCGCCAGAACACAAGGAUAUGGCUCAGCUUCCUCAAAAUCUGAACCCGGUCUUGGCUUGACAUCGGCUGCGUCUCGCACAAACGGUGGUUACGCAACGUCGGCGGCUAACAACGCUUUCAAUUCUGCUGUCGUUUCCGCUACCUCUCAAGGUACCGCUUCUUCUAACGCUAACAUCAAUACCGGAUCAGUCGUCGUUCCUAUUACUACAGCCGAUCUGAAAGGAGUCAGCUGGCGAUUCGGAACGGCUUACAACGUACCAACUCCCGGACAAGCUCAUGUGGCCAGCCAAGCUAACGGCGGAUCUGCUAAGUCAACCGCUCACACUGAUGGCAUUGUGACUACCGCUGAUGCGCAAGGCUACGGAUCAUCUAACGCCAACGCUAACUUACCCGGUGGAUAUAUCAAUUCAGCUGCCAACACCAACGGCUUUGGAUACGGUGCAGCAAGAUACACUGAAGGCAACCAAUAUGGAUCUGCGCACUCAACAAUUAACAAUGGUUUAGGCGUCGUAAAGACUGCAGCCAAUUCUAAUGGAUAUGGCAACGCCGACUCCCAUGCUGAUAUCAACGAACAAGGUUUUCUCUCAUCAGUUUCAAGCUCCAAUGGCCAUGGCACAGCUGCGUCUAGUGCGAAUUCCGCCCCCACUUAUGCUUUGAGGGCAGAUGGACUUCCAUACGUCUACAACCCCCAAGUAAGCGUCAACACUCAGACAUUUGGACAAGGAUCUGCUUCUGCUAGGACACAGGGGUUGAACACUGGGUACAGGGUCAUCAACUCCGCUGCCAACUCUUUUGGAUACGGGUCAGCACAAGCCAAUGCUAGCGCCUGAGGUGGGCAAUCAAGUCAUAAACAAAUAACAUCAAGACGACUUCCAAAUACGAAUAAUUCGCUGACUUGUCUUGAUGUAUUUGCUGUUUUAAAUUAUUUAUUUAAUUAAUUUAUUUCUAUUUUUAAGAUAAUUAAUUUAUUGAUGGUGUAAAA